AUGCUGGAGAACCACAGAACUAAUUUUAUCUUAAGUUUCAUCAUUCUUUGCGGCAUUCGACGCAAGCGACCAUUUUGUCCUUCCUUCAAAAUACUUUUGGAACCGGAGCUGCAGUGUUCCAUUACUUACAAGAAGUUUGCAAUUAAGAGACACGGGAGUCGCUUUCGAUCAAAUGUAUUUAUCGCCAUUUGUAGAAUUCAUUCUGAUUCGAUCUAUCUAUCUAUCUAUCUAUCUAUCUAUCUAUCUAUCUAUCUAUCUAUCUAUCUGAAUUUAUUCGUUUAUUCAUUAUCUGUCUAUCUAUCUAUCUAUCUAUCUAUCUGUCUGUCUGUCUGUCUGUCUAUCUAUCUAUUAGAAUACAUUUUGUUUUUCGAUAGAUGCAAUGAUCUCUCACACGUUCUCUAUCUAUCUAUCUAUCUAUCUAUCUAUCUAUCUAUCUAUCUAAAAAACCUAUAUCUAUCUAUUUCAAUCUGUUCAUAUCUAUGUAUCGAUCUAUCUAUCUAUGAAUCUAUUUCAAUUUGUUUCUAUCUAUCUAUCUAUCUAUCUAUCUAUCUAUCUAUCUAUCUAUCUAUCAUAUCUAUCUAUCUAUCUAUCUAUCUAUCUAUCUAUCUAUCUAUCUAUCUCAAUCUUUUAAUUUUUAUCUAUUUGUUCUUACGGUUUGCCAUUAUCUAUCUAUCUAUCUAUCUAUCUAUCUAUCUAUCUAUCUAG